UCUACAAAAGUUUGUUGGUCUAAAUUUGAGGAAAGGGGUUUGUAUUUGAUCCGUUUGUCAAUCACUUGUGCAAACCAUGUAGCUUAUGGUAGUCUUGAAAAUGCAAACACAACACUUGAACAGAUUUCUCAGCUUGCAAUUCCUGAUGAAGACACUAUGCAGAGAAUUGCUGCAUAUUUCACUGAAGCACUUACUGAUAGGAUACAUAAAACUUGGCCUGGACUCCAUAGAGGCUUAAAUUCCACAAGAAUUAUUAUGCUUUCUGAAGAAAUUAUGGUUCAGAAGUUUUUCUUUGAACUUUUCCCUUACUUGAAGGUAGCAUAUAUUUUGACAGAUCAAGCUAUUGUUGAAUCUAUGGAAGGUGAGAAAAUGGUUCAUAUAAUUGAGAUCCUAUUCUGCAGUUACAUUCCCUUUGGCCUUGGAUGUCCAAGUCCCAGUUCAACAUCAUCAUCGUCGACAGCAUCUUCAUCUGAUUCAAUGAAUGUGGAGAAUUUUCUCAAUGCUUUAUGGAGUUUAUCACCAAAAGUCAUGGUUGUAACGGAACAGGACUCGAAUCAAAACAGUUCGACUCUGAUGGAGAGACUACUUGAAGCUCUAUGUUCUUAUGCAGCAUUAUUUGAUUGUUUGGAAUCAACUGUAUCAAGAACAAUAUGGUAAUGAGUAUUCAUUUCAUCAUUGUCAAUUUAGAGAUACUUUUAUUUUCGUACUUGACUGCGACUCAUUUGUUCUUUAUGAACUCAUAUACUCUUACCUGUGUAUGGCACUUGAAUGUAUAUGAGCUGUUUUUCUCAUUUUACUUGCUCAAUGUAAUCAUUUAUCUUGGAAUGCAAACUAUAUGCAGUCA